UUUGGUUCUCCAUUUUUGUUUUCUUCUAUUUCGCUGAACUUGCCUGAACGGCGCAUUGUUGAUUCUCUUAUCAUUUUUUUUUCUUUUUCAUUUCCCUCAGGAAUCGGGAGGAAUCAGGAUUCACAUGUUAACUACAAUAUGGCCUCUGCAAAUGGAAUAGGACGUAUUCAAGGAAAGCAGCCAUUAUUUUCUUUUGGUGUUAUUGCCGACGUUCAGUAUGCUGAUAUUCCCGAUGGUCGAUCAUUCCUCGGUACUCCCCGUUAUUAUCGACAUAGUAUUCUCGUCCUGAAAAGGGCAGUUCAAAGCUGGAACAACCAACAAAGGCUUAAAUUCGUCCUAAAUUUUGGAGAUAUUGUUGAUGGAUUUUGCCCCAAGGACCAAUCUCUCAACUCUAUAAAGAAAGUAGUUAGUGAAUUUGAUAACUUUAAUGGUCAGGUUUAUCAUAUGAUUGGAAACCACUGCCUCUACAAUCUCCCACGUAAAGAAUUGGUUCCAUUGUUGAAGAUUCCAAGACUUGAGGGAGGUCAUGCUUAUUACGACUUUUCGCCUACUCCAGAUUUCAGAUUCGUCGUACUCGAUGGCUACGAUAUAAGCGCUAUCGGUUGGCCUAAGGGUCAUCCUAAUUCAGUAGAAGCUCUCAAGAUUCUAUCCCAAAAGAACCCAAAUGCAGACAAGAACAGCCCCUCAGGAUUGACUGGUUUAGAAAGAAGAUACCUUAUGUUCAAUGGAGGAGUUGGUAAAGAACAGUUGAAAUGGUUAGAUAGUAUACUUCAGGAAGCCACAAAUUUAAAGCAAAAAGUGAUUGUUUGCUGUCAUUUGCCUCUUGAUCCUGGGGCGACAUCUUUUGCAGCACUUUUAUGGAACUACGACGAAGUAAUGGACCUGAUACACAGCUACAAUUGUGUCAAAGUUUGCCUAGCUGGGCACAAUCAUAAGGGUGGAUAUGCCAUUGAUUCCCAUGGAAUACACCAUAGAGUUCUUGAAGCUGCCCUCGAAUGCCCCCCCGGCACCGAUGCGUUCGGGUACAUUGAUGUGUUUAGUGAUGGUCUAUAUCUUACUGCUACAGAUCGGAUGAGUAGCUCGAAAAUGCUUUUCGAUUCCGCUUGUGACUGUGAGAAUGGCUACAUUACAACUUCUACAUUAUAGAACAUUUACAACAUUUACAGUGUAUGUAUUUCAUGGUCAUUAGUAUGUAGCGAUUUCAAAAGGGAAAACUAUUAAAUUUUAAUAUAGAUUCCCUUGUAGAUAGGGCUGAGGAGCCGUUGGAUUCUUUUCCCUGCUGUCAAAGAUCAGGUGGAACAAGAAAAUGAAGAACUUUUUCAUAA